AUGAAUGGCUCUGAAAACUGUGGAGACUUAGAGGAUGAUUGUUGAGAAUUCAAAGAUGGCAUGGAAGCUUUGAAGGAUAUUUUAGCGGUCGAUUUUAGCUGAGUAGUAUGCAAAGAAAUUCAAUUCUGCGGUGCAUGGGCUGUCAUUAUAGAUCUAGGUAUGGUUGUGAUCGGAGUUUUGCUGUUUUUGUUUGUUGUGGAAUGUGCAGAGUUUCUGCUUAGUAGAGGUUCUAGGGCUUUUGCUUUGCAGAUAGACGUGACAAUUUGUUGUUGAAGUAGUGAACAGUUAAUUGAAAAAAGAGAGAAGUGCUGGUAUGACUAG